AUGACAAGGUUUGUAGGCUGUAUUGAUAUACACAACAACCAGGUAAAACAAAUCGUAGGAGGGACGUUGAAGGAACUUGAAGAAGAGAGAUCAUCUUUAAAGACCAAUUUUGUAUCUGAGAAACCAUCAUCAUAUUAUGCCCAACUUUAUAAGCAAAAUGGUGUUACAGGAACACACGUUAUCAAAUUAGGUCCUAAUAAUGAUGAAGCAGCAAUGGAGGCCCUAAAAGCUGCACCACGCUUUUUACAAGUGGGAGGUGGUAUCAAUGACACCAAUUGUGAAAAAUGGCUCAAAUACGCUGAUAAAGUAAUUGUUACUAGUUGGUUAUUUGACAAGGAUGGUCAUUUUUUGAUAGAAAGAUUACAAAAACUGGCAAAUUUAUGUGGCAAAGAACAUCUUGUCGUCGAUCUAAGUUGCAGAAAAACCAAAUCCAGCUCUUGGAUUGUUGCGAUGAAUAAAUGGCAGACGUUAACUAACUUGGAAUUAAAUUCAAAAACUUUUGAAGAACUCAGCAAAUAUACAAACGAAUUCUUAAUCCAUGCUGCAGAUGUCGAAGGAUUAUGCAAUGGAAUAGAUGAACAAUUGGUCUCCCAACUAUACCAAUGGACCUCACAGUUGGACUCAAAGAUAAAAAUCGUCUAUGCAGGUGGUGCCAAAAGUAUAGAUGAUCUUCAACUUGUUGAUAAGCUGAGCCAUGGGAAAGUUGACUUAACAUAUGGUAGCGCAUUAGAUAUAUUUGGAGGAAAGUUAGUUAAAUUUCAAGAUUGUUGUAAAUGGAAUGCUACUCAUUAA